CGGGGCCAGGGUGGGAUGUGACGACCCCCUUUCUCCCUCAGUAAGGGCUGAAAAUCUGGGGCACAGCUGAGGAAGAUCUCGGACAUGGAGUCCAGGAUGUGGCCUGCACUGCCGAUGUCCCACCUCCUCCCUCUCUGGCCACUGCUGUUGCUGCCCCUCACACUGCCUGCUCAUGGCUCUUCCUCCUCCCCACGAACCCCACCAGCCCCAGCCCGCCCCCCAUGUGCCCGGGGUGGCCCCUCAGCCCCACGCCAUGUGUGUGUAUGGGAGCGGGCGCCCCCACCAAGCCGAUCCCCUCGGGUGCCAAGAUCACGUCGGCAAGUCCUGCCGGGCACUGCACCCCCUGCCACCCCAUCAGGCUUUGAGGAGGGACCACCCUCAUCCCAGUACCCCUGGGCUAUUGUCUGGGGCCCUACAGUGUCUCGAGAGGAUGGGGGAGACCCCAACUCUGCCAAUCCUGGAUUUCUGCCCCAUGACUAUGGUUUUGCAGCCCCCCACGGGCUGGCUACCCCACACCCCAACUCAGACUCCAUGCGGGGUGAUGGAGAUGGCCUCAUCCUUGGAGAAGCACCGGCUACCCUGCGGCCAUUCCUGUUUGGGGGCCGUGGGGAAGGCGUGGACCCUCAGCUCUAUGUCACAAUUACCAUCUCCAUCAUCAUUGUCCUGGUGGCCACUGGCAUCAUCUUCAAGUUCUGCUGGGAUCGCAGCCAGAAGCGGCGCAGGCCCUCGGGACAGCAAGGUGUCCUGAGGCAGGAGGAGAGCCAGCAGCCUCUGACAGACCUGUCCCCUGCUGGGGUCACUGUGCUGGGGGCCUUCGGGGACUCGCCCACCCCCACCCCUGACCAUGAGGAGCCCCGAGGGGGACCCCGGCCUGGGAUGCCCCAGCCCAAGGGGGCUCCAGCCUUCCAGUUGAACCGGAUUCCCCUGGUGAAUCUGUGAUGCCCCCCCAGUGUUGGGGUGCCGCCAAGCAGGAGGCCAAGGGGCCGGCAUAGCCCCCAUCCCACUGAGGGUGGGGCUGCCGUGGGAGCUGGGGCCGCAGGUCCUCCUGGCUCCUGCCCCGCACCCUUGCUGGACCAUCACCGGCCCCCUAGGCGACCCUAGCUGCUCACCCUUCUUUAGGUGGGGCCUUCCAUACUGGUGGUGUCUGGUAUCCCGUCUCCACCCUUGCACACUCACAUGAAAGCCUUGCACACUCACGGGCCAUUGCGCACACUCAUGCUCUUGUUCGGUCUUCUGCGCCCUCCCCCAGCCACAUCUGUCCCCUCCGCGGGUCUCUCACAGUCUCCCUUCUGUUUCAGUUUUCGCUCUGCUCCCCACAUCCCAUACUCAGCUCGGUCAUGCCGUGGUCAGUGGGUGACUCGACCAUUCAACUCUCCCGUGCAUUUCCUCAGCCCAUGUUGUGGUGUUGCGUGUCGUGCUCACACUUUCCUCACGAACACCUACUGAUCCACUUUCUGUGGCCCCUGCAUGCUGUCCCAGACGUGGAUGGGAGGUGAGCUGGGGGUGCCUUGUGCCCCCAUCUGUCACAGUCCCAUCCUAUUCCAUAUCACGUGUCUCAUGACCUCCCCACCCCGCUCCCAGGGCCUGGCAUUACCCUGAGGGCUGCACUACAUGAGGAAGGGGCUCCCAUUCGCCCUUCCCUCCUAAAUCCCUCUGUCUUGUCUGUCCUGGCUGUCUGUGUGCGUCACUCUCUGGAAUUCAGAGCCCUGAGCCAGUCCUCCACUUCCCAGCCUCCCUAGGGCUCCCCUAACUCCGCCUAGGCUGCCAGGGACUGGCCCCAGCUGGCUCAAGGCCAUCGGGAGCUCUGCCUCCCAACCCCCCUUACCCACCCCAACCUCCCUCACACCCCUCCUUUGUUGUCCCCCACCUCCUUCCUUCCUUUUUCCUCUCUUACCUGGCUCCUAUGCUGUGAUAUAUAUUUUUGUAUUAUCUCUUCUUCUUGUGGUGAUAAUCUUGAAUUCUUGUGGGAUGUAAGUUUCAAAAUUUUCAAAUAAAGCCUUUGCAAGAU